AUGGCCGCCGAUGUAGGAUCGAUGUUUCAAUAUUGGAAGAAAUUUGAUCUACGGCGGCUUCAGAGGGAGCUGAACUCCGUGGCGUCUGAGUUGGUGGGUCGACAGGAGGAGAGUGAACAUUCCCACAAGCACCUGGUGGAACUGAGCAGGGAGUUCAAGAGAAAUGUCCCUGAGGAAGUCCGUGAAAUGGUGGCACCUGUUCUCAAGAGUUUCCAAGCUCAGGUGGUUGCUCUGAACAAGCGCAGUAAGGAGGCAGAGUCGGCGUUCCUGGGAAUCUACAAGCAGCUUAUUGAAGCCCCAGAUCCAGCUCCCGUGCUGGAGGCCACACGCACCCUGGAGGAGAGGCUGCAGCAGCUGCAGAGUUCGGCCCCAGAUAGCGAGACACUGGUCCGAGAGAUCAGCGGGCACUGGAAGAAACACCUGGAGUGCCUUGACAAGACAGAGCCCACCGAGGGGGGAGCAGCAGCAGAGGCCCCAGCAUCCAGCCUUUCAGCCUCCCUCAUGACUCCCAACAGCACACAGGCUCCCCGAGCCCCAGACUCUCCACAGCAGAACCACCAAGACCGAGCUGAGGGGGAGGAGAAUGCUGGUGUUAAUCUGGCUGACAGGCUAUCAGAGGCCGAGGAGAGGAUCAAAGUUCUGCAUUCAUCUUUGAACACUGCACAGACAGAGCUACUGGACCUGCGGUGUAAAUACAACCAGGAAAUGACUAACAAGGCAGAAGAGGUCGCAGUGAUCAUGACAAAUCUUGAGAAGGCCAACCAGAGAGCAGAAAUGGCCCAGAGAGAAGUGGAGAGGCUAAAGGAGCAGCUGGCCAGUGCCCAGAAUGCUACACCAGGGAGUCCAGUAGAGGGCACCAGCAACGAGAGGGAUGAGAAGGGUGAGGUGUUGCCCUCCCAGCUGGAGGCUGCUUUACUGGCUAAAGACCGCGAAAUCCUACGCCUCCUAGAAAACAUUCAGAGACUGCAGUUCACACUACAGGAAGUUCAGGAUACCUCAGCCAAUCAGAUCCUAGAGCUGGAGCGCCAGCUGGCCUAUAAGACAGAUGCUAUAGAGAGAUUAGAAACUAAACUGCAAUCUCAGAUGGACUAUGAAGAGAUUAAAACAGAGCUCAGUAUCCUGAAGGUAAUGAAGCUUGCCUCAGCAAAUGGCAGCUCAUCCCAGGAUUCCACCAAGGCUGCAGAAGCUCUUUUGCUGGACAAAGAAGCCUUUCUUCCAUCUCACAAAUACCUGGUUAAGGCCCGAACCUUGCACAGCAAUGAUGACCAGUCUGAAGAUUCAGGUAGGGAGGUGGGCAGGCCACCCGGUUCCCACUCCUCUUCCUCCCAGCCGGAUGGCCGUGCCUCCCCAAGUCCUGGUCCCCCUACCCUGGAUGGAUCUUCUUCCAGCCAAAAUCUCCCCCGUCCCUUCUCUGUGUCUCCAUGCUCAGGGGACCGGCUAUCGGCAGACCACAUUCUUAAUAAGCACCUCCUCUCCCCGCUCUUCAAGAAGGAAGGCAGCGGCCUCAUGACUUUCCCCACUGCCCUCUAUGCAGCCAAGGCUGCCCUCAUGUCAGCCAGUCAAGGACCUGCAGGGGCGGGCAACAUGGAAGCAGGCAUGCCCAGUGACCAGUCAGAGAGUGGCAGCUCUACUGCCAGCGAUGAGGAUCAGCUGGACACUGCUGAGAUUGCCUUCCAGGUGAAAGAGCAGCUGCUGAAGCAUAAUAUUGGCCAGCGUGUGUUCGGCCACUAUGUGCUGGGCCUGUCCCAGGGCUCGGUCAGUGAGAUCCUGGCUCGGCCCAAACCCUGGAGGAAGCUAACAGUGAAAGGAAAAGAGCCCUUCAUUAAAAUGAAGCAGUUCCUCUCUGAUGAACAGAACAUCCUGGCUCUGAGGACCAUCCAGGUCCGACAGAGAGGAAGCAUCACUCCUCGCAUCCGAACUCCUGAAACUGGGUCAGACGAUGCCAUCAAGAAUAUCUUAGAGCAGGCCAAGAAGGAGAUCCAGUCCCAGAGGGGAGGUGAUGGCAAGUCGUCUCUGAACAGCUCAUCUGGCAGAAGCAGUAACGGGAUGGGCAGCAGCUCUGAUGACACCAUAAAGAGCAUCCUGGAACAGGCCAGGAGGGAAAUGGAGGCACAGCAGCAUGCUCUGCUGGAGAUGGAGGUCUGUGGUAGGGCUUCAACUGCCAGCACAGGAGCUCAGAUGGAACGUCUAGGCAUACCAGAGCGCUCUAAGGGUCUGCAUUUACCUGCCUUCAUCAAACAGGAGGAAGGGGGCUCUGUUGCUGUGUGUAUGGCUAAUCCCAUCAGCAGCCCCCAGACCCCCCUCAGCGUCCUCUCCCCUGCUGCCUUUGUCCAAAAUAUCAUCCGCAAAGUCAAAUCAGAGAUUGGGGAGGCGGGCACCUACUUUGACCAGCAUUGGUCUGUGGAGCGUGGGCCCAUUGGGCUUGGUGGAGGAGUUAGCUCUCGGCCCUUCACCUCUGUCUCUCCCUCUCCAUCUUCCUCCUCUUCUGGCCCCUCUGCGUUACCCCGGCCCUGGCCCCGUCUAGAGAAUGGCGAGGGCCUCCCCAACAGUGAAGAGGCCUCCGCAGCAGAAGAGGAGCCAGGACUGGGCAGACCUGUGGAGGUGAAAGUAGAGUCUGAUGUGUCAGUAAGCGGUGAAUCUCCGGGCCCCAGCCCCGGGCGGCUAUCCUACUACCCAGCAUACAUCCCCCGUGCCCUCAAGCCCACAGUUCCACCCCUGACUCCAGAGCAGUAUGAGAUGUAUAUGUACCGAGAGGUGGACACCAUUGAACUAACCAGGCAGGUGAAGGAGAAGCUGGCAAAGAAUGGCAUCUGUCAGAGGAUCUUCGGUGAAAAGGUACUGGGGCUGUCUCAGGGCAGUGUGAGUGACAUGCUGUCUCGGCCGAAACCCUGGAGCAAGUUGACCCAGAAAGGCAGGGAGCCCUUCAUCCGCAUGCAGCUGUGGUUGCUUGACCAGCUGGGCCAAAGCCUCAACCAACUUCCUAACCAGGGCCACACUCAGGAUAAAAGCCCUGUGAUGGCCCAGUCCUCACCCUCUCCACCCCCUAGCCCAGCGGAAAGCCACCCCAGCCCGCAACCAGUUGAACCAGUCAGCCUGGCAUUGGAAAGCAGCAAGGAGAACCAGCAGCCUGAGACCCUUGGCUUGGCAGCCCAGCCAGAGGGAGGGAAGUCCACCCCUCAUCUGAUGGCCCUGCAUCAACCCGCCACGCCACUGGGCAUCCAGGAGCUUGUGGCCAUGUCCCCAGAGCUGGACACCUACGGCAUCACCAAGAAGGUCAAGGAAGUGCUAACGGACAACAACCUAGGUCAGCGUCUGUUUGGGGAGAGUAUCCUGGGUCUGACACAAGGCUCAGUGUCGGACCUGCUCUCCAGGCCCAAACCAUGGCACAAACUGAGCCUUAAAGGCAGGGAGCCAUUUGUCCGCAUGCAGCUGUGGCUCAACGACCCUCACAAUGUAGAUAAGCUAAGGGACAUGAAGAAGAUGGAGAAGAAAGCCUACCUGAAGCGGCGGUAUGGGCUGCUGAGCACUAGUUCAGAUAGUGACUCACCCAGCACUCGUUCUGACUGUGUGAGUCCGGCCUUGGCCACGCUGGACCUGUGCCCCUACAGCCAGGUGAAGAAGCCCCGGGUGGUCCUGGGGGCUGAAGAGAAGGAGGCCCUGAGAAAAGCCUACCUCCUGGAGCCAUACCCCUCUCAGAACACCAUUGAGAUGCUGGCCUCCCAGCUCAACCUCAAAACCAAUACUGUCAUCAACUGGUUCCACAACUACAGGUCCAGGAUGCGGCGGGAGGUGCUGAUGGAAGGUCUCCCAGACAAUGACACAGAUGGUGCAGAGCACCACAGCUACUCUCCCUCAGUGACGUGGAGUCCUCACUCUGAUGGAGAAGAGAGGAGGCUGCAGCUGCCCUCAGGACACAACCCCCACUCCAGUCGUCCUGUUGGUGCCAACACAGCGCUAGCUCAUGUCAAACAGGAGACAGUCAACGGGGAGGGGGAGGGGGAUGAGGGAAGGGAGGGCUUCGUGAGACAGUCAACAGUUCAGUGUUUUUCUAUGGCAGUACAAUUCCCCCAGUUGAAGAGUGAGCAGGAGGACUCCAUUGCUGGCUGUCGUGAACCCCACUCGGCUGGCCAAAGCUUGAGACAAGAAGAGGGGAUGAGCAGCCAGACUCAGGGGCUUUACCUUUCAGCGCUCUCUGUCGAAGGCCCCCAGAGAGCCAGCCAGUCCAGGCACGAAGUAGAAGACUCUGGCAAGUCACCUGUGGAUCCAGUCAGCUUCAAAGCCUCAUCAGAGCCUUGCCGCAGCAGCCUGGAGGUCUCCCUCAACUCUCCUUCUGCUGCUUCCUCACCUGGCCUCAUGAUGUCAGUCUCCCCUGUCCCGUCCUCCUCCGCUCCCAUAUCACCCACGCUGCCCAACCCACCCUCAACAAGCACUAAUCACAGCCUGGACCCAAACCAGCUCCCUUCUCUCCAAAGCCCUAAACUGAAUCGGAGCACUCAGAGACGCAAUGAGAAAAUGGCCAACCUCAAUAACAUCAUCCACAGGCUAGAGAGAGCAGCCAAUCGAGAGGAAACGCUGGAAUGGGAGUUUUAA